CUCAGGAGCUCAACGUCAAGCUCGUCGUUGUGCGUGUCGCUUUUCUGUGUUGUCUAAAUUUCUCUGCACAUUAUCGUUUAUUUUGGAAUUGGGAAGACAUGGCGAGUAUACAGGCAAUCAGGGCGAAUUGUCGCAAGGUCAUGUGCAUAGGGCGCAACUAUGCCGACCACAUUAAGGAGCUCUCCAGUGCCACCCCUAAGCAGCCCUUCUUCUUCCUCAAGCCCCCGUCAUCUAUUCUACUCCCAGGAGCUGGCCCCGUUCUCCGCCCGCGUGGUGUAUCAAUGCACUAUGAAGUCGAACUAGGACUCGUCAUUGGCAAGACGAUAAGGGAUCUGCACCCUGAGGACACAAAGGGAGCGCUAGAUGCUAUUGAAGGAUACGUGCUAGCCAUUGAUAUGACUGCGCGAAACGUCCAAGAUGAAGCGAAAAAGAAGGGCCUGCCCUGGUCCAUCGCAAAAGGAUUCGACACGUUCCUUCCGAUCAGUAACUUCAUCGCCAAACAUCGCAUACCGGACCCACAAAAAGCGCACCUCUGGCUCUCUGUGAAUAACGAAGUGAAGCAGUCCGACAACACCGAGCUGAUGCUUUUCCGGAUUCCAAGACAGUUGAGCGAUAUUAGCAGGGUGAUGACACUGGAGAAAGGCGACAUCGUGUUGACCGGUACGCCAAAGGGUGUCGGGGCUGUGAAGACGGGGGACGUUAUGAGGGCGGGGUUGAAGGUUGACGGAAAGGAUAUCGAAGAGGCAAACCUCGAGGUACCAGUUGCAGAUCGUGAAGGCUUAUAUGAGUUCCGCGAGACUUAAUCAAGCCUUUACCAGCUUGUUUGCCUUCAAUCAGAUAUUGUUCAAAGAAUCGAUUUGUCUGCUUUCAUUUUCAAGUAGGUGUUAUAAUCGGUGAUCUCUGGCAUUACUCUUCUUGCAGAACCGGGUC